AUGGACCACCGUACUUCUUGCCAGGAUGUGAUGCGAUGUGCCCUGUGUAAGACCGCUGUGGUACAGACGUACUGUGAAACAUGCCAUGUCAACUUAUGCAAGCCUUGUGUCGGCGAACACAUUUCUACCCAUCCCCCCAAACCCCACAAAAUUGUUGACUCCAUGGAAGUACAAACUACUUUUAUUUAUCCUAAAUGUACAUCCCAUGAUGAAGAAAUUUGUGAAAUACACUGUAAUCAUUGUGACAUUCCUGUGUGCAGUAGCUGUCUUGUUACAGAUAAACAUUUAGGACAUAAAUAUGUAAAAAUCUUGCAAUUCCGAGAAGAAAAAGUGAAUCAAAUCAUCAAGGACAAAAUUGAACCCAACGAGAAAAUUUAUCCAAUACAUGAGGCCAUUGCCUCUGAUGUGCAAAACAGAAUGAAUUCUUCGGACAUAUCAACCCUGCUUAGUGUGCCUUCAGUAGAUCAAUGUAGAAAACUUCCAAGCAAAAUCAUAGUCUCCAAGCCCAAAUUUUCUGCGAAAAAAUUACUGGUAGACCAAUUCUGUAGUCUGACACUCGUUCCAUUAAAAUCAGAUGAUGAAGGCUACUUGUCAGAGACAACAGAAAGAUCACCAAAAACCGAAUCCCCUCAUCUACUUAAUAAAGAGUUUCUAGAUGAACCACAGACUGUCACAACCAUAGACACUGGGUACAGAUAUCUUUACAAUGUGGCCUGUCUAAGUGAUGAAGAAAUCUGGACAAGUGGAUGUGACACCACCAUGAAACUCUACAGCAUCAAUCAGGGAUCACUACUCAAGUCAAUCACAACCAAGUCAGGAAAUGUGCCGUAUGACAUAGCAGUGACAAAAAGUGGAGAUCUAGUUUACACUGAUUAUGAUGAUAGAACGACCAGGAUGGACAGUUCCUCCAUUACAUACAAUGUGGAAUGA